GGAUGGAGCACCAAUCAUUCCUACUCCAUUGCAGGAAAAUACAACAUUAAGGUGACAUUCUUCAACAGAAAUCCUUCAAAUGUCAGCUGUACUUGGCUGCUAAUAGUUCAGUAUCGAGUUGAAGGCGUCGUGGUGACCUCAGACUCGCCCAAGAACUCUUCUGAUGCGGCAGUGACACUGAAUGUAUUAUUCCCUGGUCCUGAGUUUAAGCCUUCGGGACCCCUCAACUAUUACUGGCGAUACGGAGAUAACAAUUACUCGCUGACAAAUAACUCAAUGACGGUUUACAACUAUCCGAAUAAAUGUGGGAUCUAUAUUGUAACUGUUAAUGUCUCUAACGAGAUAAGUUCCGGAAUUGGUUCUGUGGAGGUUAUAAUACAAGAUGCAAUCCAAGGACUUGAAAUUAUCACUAAACAUACGGAAUAUGAGAAUCAAUCAUGCCUAGAUUUUACUCUUCGCAACGGUACGUAUCCUGUGGAAUAUGACGUAUCUUUUAAAGCAUUUAUCACAAACGGUACCAACGUAACUUUUACCUGGGAUUUGGACAACGAUGGAGGCAAAAAUUACACGACUGAGACCUUCUUACAUAAGUUCAGUCCUCGUAAAGAUUGCACCGAUUGUAAACACACCAUUCGCCUAAAGGCACAGAAUAAAGUCAGCAAUAUGACACGUGAUGUUACAAUCACGCUGAUGGAGAGCAUACGUGGUGUUAACCUAACAGACGACGGGCCUACAGUACAAGGAAAGGCAGUAAACUUUACUCUCACAGUGGGUCAGAAGGGGCAUGAUCCCCGUUUUCUACUCGAGCUCGAUGUGGAUGACGCUAAAUAUCCAAAACAGUAUAAAAAGAAUGAAUGGGUAAAACUGGAUGAUUUAUAUUGCACCGGCAAUAAUCGGUUAAAUUGCACUCAAUAUUUCGAUGUCAUGUAUGGAACCGCCAGAGGUUAUACUGUUGAUUUUAGAGCCAACAAUUCAGUAUCCUGCACAAAGUUAAAAACAAGAACAGUGCUAGUAGGGAGAGGACCCUGCGAAAUACCCAAAAUUAGCGUUCCUGGAUUCGAAUCUGGUGAAACAAAGACGUUCACACUUUCAGAGAAGAUAACUAUUGAGACUGACAACGAGAUUAACUGCUUCAAUGAUACUACCGAAUUCAGGUGGAAGAUUACAAAGAGAUGCGGCAGUGAUGAAGAAGAUCCGAUGCCAGAGGAACUUACCACACCAUUAGCCAAACGGGAGUUUCGCGCGGGGUAUUUUAAUAUUUGCGCAAAGAUUGAAUUUCAGUUUUCAAUCAACAUGACUUGGGCAGAAGGAUUUUACAAUGAGAGGAAAUUUUCUAUUAAAAUUAUCCCAACUCCUCUCGUGGCAAGUAUUUUGGGCGGCUCGAAGAGGACUGUAGGCAGUGACGUUAUAGUGCAAAUUGAUGCUUCUAAGUCAGUGGACCCAGAUGAACCAGGAAGCAAAAAUUUCGAGUUUGCUUGGUUUUGUAACUUUAGUGGUGGCAAGUUGCCGAAAAGUAUUUCCCCCAAUGAGACAAAAAAUCCCUUGAGUAAUGGAAGCUGUUUCGGAUAUGCUCCAGGUCAACUUACGGAUUUUAACGAAACAAAAAUAGAGUUAAAUACAAGCAUGGCGAUUCCUAACUCAACAUAUACUAUCAGAUUUAUCAUGGCAAAAAGUGGUCGACAGUCUUUUAAGGAUCAAGAUAUUAUCCUUGUUCCUGGUGAUCCUCCUGAUAUGAGCAUCGAGUAA